AUGAGCAUCGAACGAAAAGCGCAGAGACUUUUUGCAUUCGGAUCUAAUGGCUCUGGACAAUUAGGCAUCGGGCACAGGGACGAUGUUUCAGCACCGCAAGAAUGUGUACAUGAUUCUAGUCUUGAUGGUACGACUCUCAAACAGCUAGCAGCAGGUGGCAAUCAUGCGCUGGUUUUGUCACACGGCGGCAAAUUGAUUUCUACUGGAGACAAUAGCGAUGGAAGAUCCUGGUUGCAAGAAAGAGAGGCGAGUAGCAGAUGGACUUCUGUUCAAAAUGUUGCAUCAGAGGAGACUGCUGGAGCAGGAGCUGUAGAUCACGUUGCCGCGACUUGGUCUGCUUCUUUCGCUGUAUGCCAUGGCAAAUCAUCCGCAAUCAUCGCCAGUGGCACUGGCAAUUCCGGCGAGCUCGGCUUAGGUCGCGACGUAGUGACUGCACAAAGUCCGCAAUGCAUCAAAAACCUCUGGCCAGAGAGCGCUAAGGUUGUCAAAGCUGCAUCAUGCAUGGGCCAUGUUGCUAUUGUGCUGUCAAACGGCGAAGUCUGGGGUUGGGGCAAAGGGCGCAAAGGCCAGCUAGGACAGCCCAACGAGAAUGUCUGGACUCCACGCAAGAUAGAGGGCAUUCCAUUCUUCGCUGUCGAUGCAGUCUGCGGCAAAGACUUUACAUGCAUAUUUGGCGACCCUGCAACGGGAGAGCUACUCGUGCUUGGACCAACUGGCAGUGAUCGCUUCGGAAUCAGGUCCAAUGCCCCAGCAUCUGUAUCUGGAUGGAAGCAAGUCGCAGCGAGCUGGGGUAGCAUCUACGUCCUAUUCCCACCAGGUGAGGUAGUCUCUUGGGGUAGGAAUGAUCACGGCCAGCUUGCGCCUCCGAAAUUGCCUCCUUUGGGUCUCAUUGCAUCAGGCAGCGAACAUUGUCUCGGUCUGACAAAGACUGGCAAGGUGUUAGCUUGGGGAUGGGGAGAGCAUGGUAAUUGCGGUAUACCAACCGAUGACUCGGGUGACGUGACAGGUCGAUGGAAUGAGAUCCCUCUAUCUCAUCCGGCGACUUCCAUUUUUGCUGGAUGUGCGACCAGCUUCAUUGUGACGGAGGUGGAAGGCAAAUGA